CGGCGUAUUAAGAAACGUUUGUUAUUAUCUAAAAGCAAUGAAAACCUCGGGUGGUGGGGCUUCGGAGGAGUCUAGCAAGUCAUCCCUGAGUAAAGUGAGCAAGAAAGCCUCGAAUAAAUCUCGCUCCAAAUCCACCAAACUAGACACUGGCAGACAAAGUUCAGCUGCCGGUGUUGCAAUUGCUAGUCUGCCUGCCACGCCCACACAUGUUAAUGUGGUGACAACGCCCACCACGCCGACCACCAGUCUGGGCGCCUACAAUCUGUUUGAUGCAUCCUUUGCCGUAGUCGGUGGUCACAAUGUAGAGCCAUCCAGUAAUUCCAGCAGAGUGAGUCAUCACAAGAGCUAUGCCGGCUUUGACCCGCGCAGCAUAAAGAUCUUUUGGGAGCAGCAUGAUCAAACGGAUGUGGAGCUGCCACAGGAAGUGUGCGCACGUCUAGCAGAGGACGCCUCCUACAAAGUGUGGGAGCUCAUAAAUAAUGUUAAAAUAUCAUCGCGACAUUCGGGUGGCAUUGUUACCUAUGAUCUGGUCAAUGAAGUGUUAAAGGAUGCGGAUGUUCCACCCAUGCUGGGCGCCAUGGAUAGUGAUUGGGAUCGCAUUGACUACGAUGGCAGCUAUUUCUUUUACUCGGACAAAAUUUUCGACCUACGCGAGGAGUUUCAAAAGGAUGUGUUACUCUCUAUGCCCGAUAGUGCGGACUUUCACUGCUUUUGUCCAGUAGAGGACAAAAACGCAGAUCAACUAAAACAGUUUCUGCAGAGUCUAGUAAGUGCGUCUAUCUUUGGCGAUGUCAAGGCUCAGGCAACGGCCAUUGCGUCCGCCUUCCAAACACCGCUAAUGGGCGCCUGCUAUCGUGUGAUUGUCGGCAAAAUAAUGCAACUGCUGGCCUUUAGACAACAGGAUGGCGUGAGUCAACGCUGUUGGCGACUCUUACGUGCAUGCAACUACAAUCCACAUGCCAACCAAAUUGGUUGUCGUCAAGAAUACUUUCAUUUGGCAGAGGUGCUCAUCAGUCAGCUUAUGGCGCCCUAUGAGACCAUAAAAGUUCCGGAAUUUAAACCUCAGUGCACACAGGAGGCCGCCAAUCCGACAGCGCUGACAAACGUUAAAAUGGAAAUUGAGGAUGAGCUUAAGAUAGAAUCCGAUCUCACCAACGAAGCACAAGCUGAACAACAGUAUUCGAAUCAGGGCAUGCCGAUUGAUCCUCAACAACAGCAGCAACCACAGCAAGCGCCCUCCACAUCGGAAGCGAACUUUGCUGGCGCCGGCCCCUCAUCUCAGGAGGAGCAAACCAUUUACAAACUGCAGCUGGACGAUGAUAGCGAUGAGGUCGAGCAGCAGGAGCAGGACACGCAGCAGCUUUCCCCGUUCUUUGCUAGCCCAGUGGGUAACGCUUAUGUGGAUGAGUUAUGCGAAACCAUUGGCCACUUGGCCUCGCAGAGUGGAUAUCUGCAGUCCGAGUGUUUGUUCCUCAUAAAGCGACGUUUGGCGCGCUUCUUUGAGGGUCGCGAGGUGUGCAGCGAAAGAGAUUACAAGUAUAUUAGCCGAGCGGUCCGUGGUCUGCUUGCCCUGGGCGAGUACGCUUUUCGUGAAUUUAUACCCUAUAUAUACAAGCUGAAUGUGGCCGAUAUACCUGAGAGUCUGUGGCAGGAUUUUGCGCCCGCUGCCAUCUUUCUGAAUGGUCGCGAUGAUAUUUAUUUGUAUGAAUGGCUGGAGUAUGGCUUGGGAGCAGACAAGCUGCAGCCAUUCCUGGUCCACUAUGCCCGGACCUACGAAAAACAGGUAACGAAACGCUAUUUGCUAGCGAAACCGGCCGCUUAUAAAAUAUAUGCCAAGCCAGGCGUAAGACGUCUGGAGUGGAGCACAUUGGCGGCCGCCAUGUGCCAUGGUGAUGAUCCUAGCAAGGCUAUCAAACCGAAGCCCACAUUGCGCGAAGCUUUUCCUGAGCUGUCGACACCAAAUCUUCAACUCAACUGUGCUGGCACCAUACGCUUUAAGUUCGCCGGCUGUCGGCCCGUGUUGUUGAAACCAAAGGGUGUUGCUGCCACACAUUUCAUGGACUCGCCCUCUACGAACGGUGGCAGCGACAUCGUUCACAGCGACAUACUCAUCGCCAGGCGUAAGCUUUUCAAGCCGCUCACCAAUGUGAAGCGAGUAGUGCCCAUUAGUGGGUAUCACUACUUGCGUAUAUAAGACGCAAACACUUAA